ACGUCUGUCUUUCUCCCUCUCUUUUCUUUUGUCACUCUUUGUUUUUCUCAGUCUGUCAGACGGUGUACUGUAGCCCGGCUGCUGUUGAUUACUUACAAUCUAGUUUGAAACUCCUCACUUUUAGGAAAGUUUUAAUUUUUUUUUUCCUUUAAAGCAAAUGUGCCACUGACAAGUCCACACAGUGGGAGUGUGCUCACAGUCUGCAGUCGCGUGGCUCAAUGUACACACACUCUACAAAUGUUUGCAUGCACAAAUAUGUUUUUAAAAAGAUUUUUUUUUCCUUUAAAAAAAGGAAAAGAAAAAGUGUCAUAAAGAAAGGAACUAGAGAAAUGUGUGCUGAAGGGUCACGCUGGAUUGUAUGUAGUGAGGAAGAUAAGAUGUGUGUUUGUUUGUAAGAGAAAAGAAGACAGAAAAGGAUGGGAAGGAGAGGGUGGGAGGAAGAGAAAGAAAUGGGGUGAUGCUGCAUGUGUGUGUGUGUGUGUGUGUGUGUGUGGUAGGGUGGAGGACCGGUGGAGAAGAGGGGGGGGGCAGGCAGGCACAGUCAGUUCUGAUAACAGCAACAGUAGGAGGAGGAGGAUGAGCCGUGGAACCGCCCCACUCUCCCGCAGAUAUAAAUAGGAGGAGGAUUUUUUUACUUCACUCACUUCUCCUGAAGGAUGAGAUCCCUGAAACACCUCAAACAUCACUCCAGGAACAAUGUGGUGAGUUUGGGACCCACACGGACGCAGGAAGUUGGUUGGAGGCGUUGCAGGAGGAGGAGGAGGAAGAGGGUGGCCAGCUACUUGUUGUGCAGUUUGUUUAUGAGGAAGAAGAGAGUGGACACUUGGUGCGGACCUACCCAAAGAUGACGGAGGGUCACGUGGACGUGGGCACACAGACAGAACCCGUGGUUGUGCUGUCUCUGGCUCAGGCUGCUGUUCUUGGUCUCAUCUCCCAGAAUGAAAUAUUUGGAGCCACUAUUGCCCCGAAUGGCUUUUACACAGGGGAGUCCAGGGAGUGCCCCCCUCCUCCGACUGAGCCAGUUGAGUAUGAGUACGCUGACCAGCUCAUAGGGGCCAAUGGAGACUACUUGGCUGAGCCUGCUGGGGAGUUGGAGCCGGAGAAAAGGCGGCCGGGUCCCCGUGGGAGGAUAAAGAGGCCGAGGACUGAUGAAGAACCUGAUGCUCAAUUACAUCCAGCGCCAGCUCAGGUGAAAGGAGAAAGAUGCGAGUCUGAACCUCCUCCGUCGUGCGUUCACAUGAACAGCAGGCAUCAUUCGGGGAAGCCGGAGGAUCAAGUCGCCCAACAAAGUUCACUGAAAGAAGAACGGGUCUGUGGAAACUGCGUCUCGUGUGUGAGGGAGACAUCCCGACCUCAGUCUGACGGACAGCCAGAGCAAGAACAAGAGGACAGCUCGAGUAGGCAGGUGGAGAAGAAGGAAGAGAAGCUGGUGGUUGAAGAAGAACAAGAAGAAGAGGCACUAAACCUCAAGACGACUGCAGAAACUAGCAGUCCUGUGGAGAAUCGGUAUUAUGAUUCAAAUGAAGUGGCCUAUGAGUCCUCCUCUGACAUGCAGAUGCCAGGAGAGUAUGAGGAGAAUGGGCAGGCCAUGCUGUGGUCGGACCCAGAGGGCCUCGCCAGACGAAUGCAAAUCGACCGGCUGGACAUCAACGUGCAGAUUGAUGAGUCGUACUGCGUGGACGUGGGAGAGGGGCUGAAGCGCUGGAAGUGUCGCAUGUGCGAGAAGUCCUACACAUCAAAGUAUAAUCUGGUCACACACAUAUUGGGCCAUAAUGGAAUUAAGCCUCACGAAUGUCUGCACUGUGGGAAGCUGUUCAAGCAGCCCAGCCACCUCCAGACUCACCUGCUGACCCAUCAGGGGACCCGGCCCCACAAGUGCACCGUCUGCGAGAAGGCCUUCACGCAGACCAGCCACCUCAAGAGGCACAUGCUGCAGCACACGGAUGUCAAACCGUACAGCUGCCGCUUCUGCGGCCGCGGCUUCGCCUACCCCAGCGAGCUGAGGACCCACGAGAACAAGCACGAGAACGGCCAGUGCCACGUCUGCACCCACUGCGGUCUGGAGUUCCCCACCUACGCCCACCUGAAGAGACACUUAACCAGCCAUCAGGGCCCCACCACGUACCAGUGCACAGAAUGCCAAAAGUCCUUCGCCUACCGCAGCCAGCUGCAGAACCACCUGAUGAAGCACCAGAACGUGCGGCCUUAUGUUUGUCCGGAGUGCGGCAUGGAGUUUGUCCAGAUCCAUCACCUUCGACAGCAUGCCCUCACUCACAAGGGCAUGAAGGAAUUUAAGUGUGACGUCUGCGCCAGAGAGUUCACCCUGUCCGCCAACCUGAAGCGACACAUGUUGAUCCACGCCAGCGUGAGGCCCUUCCAGUGCCACGUUUGCUUCAAGACCUUUGUCCAGAAGCAGACCCUGAAGACGCACAUGAUUGUCCACCUCCCAGUGAAGCCUUUCAAAUGCAAGGUGUGUGGGAAGUCGUUCAACAGAAUGUAUAACCUCCUCGGUCACAUGCACCUCCAUGCUGGCAGCAAGCCCUUCAAGUGCCCUUACUGCACCAGCAAGUUUAACCUGAAGGGCAACCUGAGCAGACACAUGAAGGUUAAACACGGUAUCAUGGACACCACGAUGGAUGGGCACGAACCCCCCCAAGAGACAGAAGGACACGAGGACUACGAGGAAGAAAGCCUGGAGUUCAGCGAGCGGGAAAACCGAGCAAACAACAACAACACACCAGACGUGGCUAAACUGUCUCAAAUGGAGUACUACGGGAAGAGUGCAGGGCGCUUCAGCACUGCAUGAACUACCAAAAUUGUCCUCAAACUUAAAUUGAGACCCAAGACAAUAUUUUUUUUUUUGCUGUCAAAGGCUCAGAUUCCUCCUAAAGGAUGCGAGGAGGCCCAGCAAACUGCACAUCAUUAUGCACUGGAAUAAAAAAUAAAAUAAAAUACACAUUUUAUCUAAUUCCUAUUUUCAUCUAAAACUUGCAUAUUAUAUUAAAAAAGGGAAAUCUAAAAUAGAACUAUUUAGGUAAAAAAAUAAAUCUAUGUUACAUGCUGGCAUUAGAAAAUCAUCAGAGUUAGGAUAUUGAAGCACAUCUUUAGUAACUGUUCGAGUUACCCUGCACUUACAUUUUCAGACAAUCCCAUUCUGUCAGUCUGCUGGCAUAAUGUGAAAGAAGGCAGCAGGGGGGGAGAAAGGAUCAAGUGUUUGUUCACUUGCCAAAGGUUAAUCAUUCACUUUGAUUUAUACUGUGAAGAAGUCGACAAAAACGACUUCCGUCUGGUUGGAAUCCUGUGAUUUGUUGUACAAUUCUCAGCGUCUACAUGAAAAAGCAUCAACCUGUAUUGAUCUGUGAAUGUAUCUGUUUUGGUGGAAUGUUUUUCAGCCCUUUUAAUCCCCUUUACCAAAGAACUGGAUCAAGUCUGUCAGACGAGUUUCCGUUUCUUCUUUCUCCAUACGACUGCGGCAUUUUCCUCUUUUUUUGAGCAGGUGAAUCAACAAGAAUUGUGCUAAAAAAAAAAAAUGGUAGACAGAAAUAUUAAGUGCCCCGGUGUGUCUGCGAGAGCACGCCAUCCAUCACGCCGAACACCGGUCUCAGGUGAUGGACGACAACCUCCCAACAUGUGACAAGGCCGCAGACCUGCUGGAAAAUGAUUUGGAAAUGCUCAAUAUAUUCAUUUCCCACUCUGCUUGGCUUUUCAAACCUCAAAUUUCCAGACAAAUGUUCAUCCGCAAUGUCAAUAUACCGCAUUUAAAAGAAAAUAAUUUGUCCAGCUUCUGUGUUCAUUCCUUUUUAAGUGAUGAUGCAAAGAGAAAAACAUGAAAACAGCUUUCUGUAUUAGAUUUUAGUGUUCAAAUGAAAUGAAUAGAGUUGUAUGUAUAAUGUUGUGUACCAGGAAAUACUGUAAGAUAAUAAAUUUAUUUACCUUUGAGCAUUUUUAA